UUCUCUUUCAACCACCUCGCUUGCUAGCCAACAGAAAACUGUCUAACUAUCUAACUUAAAACCGAAAUAUUGACGCUUUAGACCACGGUUAUGUACAUUAGCUAACCUUUUAAACACAAUUAUUAUCUUGACGUAUCUACUGGUUAACUUUAACCUAAUUUGCUUGUUCAAUUUGCAAACUUGUUAAAGAUUGAUACUGAGCCUAGCACUAGGCUAUUCGCUAAUGCUAACUAACAUCACUGACCAUGAGCUCACUAAACUACUCAUCCCCUGCUAAAGAAGAAGAUAUCUACUGGACGGAGAAAGAAGCUCUGGCGCUGAACAUUGUCGUGAAAGAAGAAGAGGAUAUUACAGUGAACGGAGAGGAAGAACCUUUCAGAAUGAAAAAGGAUGAAGAGGAGGCUGUUAUAGGGAAAGAAGAGGAAGAACAUUUUGGAGUGGAAGAGAGGAUAGAGGCUGUCACAGUGGAAAAGGAAGAGGAAGACGCUUUCAGAAUGAAAAAGGAGGAAGGGGAGACUAUCACAUUGAAAGAAGAAGAGGAGGAUGUUACCGUGAAAAAAUAUAAAGAAUCUUUAGUAGUGAAAGAGGGGAUAGAGGCAGCCAGAGUGGAAGAGGAGGAUGUUAUAGGGGGGAAAGAGGAAGAACCUUUUAGAGAGGAAGAGGAUGCUAUCUCAAUAAAGGUGGAGGAGGAAGACGUUUUGGGAGUGAAAGAGGAGGACAUAGAGGAUCCGAUUAACAACAGGGAGAGACAUGACUAUUGUGGAUCCUCUGGGGAGCCUCAACAACAUCCUGAUGCUGAUGAGGAAGAGAAGAGUCUCUCCAGAUCAGAACACCAGAUGGACAACGCUAGCCCUUCCUCCCUCCCGGAGUCCCCGUGUUGUGCCUCUCCCGGUAGCAUCUUACUGCUGGGUAUGAAGAGGUUGUCUGUGCUGCUGGUGGACUGCAGGAAAACAACAGGGCUGAGUGGAACUGUGAGAGGAGGAGAAGAGAAGAAAGGAUCAGAUUUGACUCAUCAGAAAGAGAGACCCGACUCGGAGGAACCAGAGACGUCUGAACCAGCGAGACGACACCACUGUUCCCAGUGUGGAAAGAGUUAUACCCGAUUAUGGAGCCUGAAAAACCACAAGAGAACACAUGCAGGGAAGAAGCCUUAUCACUGCUCUCAGUGUGGGAAGAGUUUUACACGGUUAGGGAGCCUUGAAAUACAUAAGAGAAUACACACAGGAGACAAGCCUUACCACUGCUUCCAGUGUGGAAAGAGAUUUAUCCAGUCAACACAUCUGAACGAGCAUAAGAGAAUACACACAGGGGAAAAACCAUUCCAAUGCUCUCAGUGUGGAAAGACAUUUUCCCGUUCAGGGGACCUGAAAUCUCAUGAAAGAAUACACACAGGGGAAAAGCCUUACCACUGUUCCCAUUGUAAAAGUAGUUUUAGCUGGUCAGGGCAACUGAACGAGCAUGAGAGAACACACACCGGGGUGAAGCCUUACCACUGCUCCCAAUGUGGAAAAAGUUUUACAAGGUUGGGGUCCCUUAAAUCACAUAAGAUAUAUAUACACACACACAAGAGACAAGCCCUAUAACUACUCCCAUUGUGAAAAUAAGUAUUUAUCAUUAGGGGACAUAAAAAAGCAAACACUCUGUAGAGAGACCUUUCCAAUGCUCUCAGUGUGGAAUGGGAUCUGAAUGCGCAUAAGAGAAUACACAUGAGAGAAGCCAUUCCAAUGCUUGCAGUGUGGGAAGAGUUAUACCCGGAAAGGGUAUUUAGAAACUUAUGAGACACACAUGAAGUCAAAAUGUAGGUUUCCGCCUAAAUAGACAUACAAAAGUAACUGCCAUUUCAUAUGUAAUUACAUUAUUCUGACAUGCUAAAACUUGGUAUAUUUUGGAAAGAAGACAUCUGGGAGAUUGAGGAAUGAUCAGAAGAAGACAUCUGGGAGAUUAUGUUGAAGUUAUCAGAAGAUAGGAGUUACAUAGUUCAGAAUACACAAGAUCAAGCACACACAAAAUACAUUUUUUUUUAUUUUGUUAUUUUGGCUCAAAAGAUCAAUGCAGGCCAUUACUUCACCAGUUCUCCUAUUACUAGUAUGUGAUUAGCCCAGUUGGUGUUGUAAUGUUAACUCCCAUGGGAGGAAUUAUGAUGUUAUUUCUCUAAAUCAAAUCAAAUCAAAUUUUAUUUGUCACAUACACAUGGUUAGCAGAUGUUAAUGCGAGUGUAGCGAAAUGCUUGUGCUUCUAGUUCCGACAAUGCA